GUGUUUGUGCCUGUGGUGUUCGCAGUUUUCGCUCACUUUUCGCUUUAGCUGCUUUUGUCUUUUUUUCUCAUUUUUGGUGGCUUUUUAUUGUUUGUGUGAAUGCUGAAUGAUUAUUUUCUACAGGGAAGGAUUUUAUAGAUUCCUCAGGUUCACAGGUUCGAAAAGUAGUAGUAUAAUAUAACUUUGUCCAAAACUAUUGAAUUUUACAAUUAGAGCUUAAUAUGUUUCUGUUUAAAUCCUAAGCUAUGGUAGCUAUGGAAGAUGCGGUUACCAGUUAUGAGUCUUUGAAAAAUAACGAUAAAGCGUUACUUUUACUUCGGGGUAAAUAUGUGAACCUAAAACUUAUCCAAAAUCGUGAGGCAAACGGUUUUGUACAUGCUAUUGAUCCGGAAGGGCACAGCAUGAUUCUUCAAGAGAAACACGGAGAAGACUACCAAAUGAUUUUAGUACCAGGGCAAGCAAUACUCAAUAUAUCUGUAAUAGAUUCAAUACCUAGUAUUACACCUGCAAAAAAAUCUACUCCCACCACAACUAAUUUGGAAUUAGAAGCGAGAAAGAGGAAAUUAAUAUCAUGGUUUAAACUGAAUCUUUUGCCAGUGACAGAAGAAGGCAAUAAUAUAGUUUUUAGAAGUGUUUUAAUAUUGCCCCCGUAUGAUCUAAGAAGUAUAUAUUCUAACAAUCUGAUUGUAACUAAGCAAGUGAGAGACAUUGUGGAAAAGAUGCCUGAAGAUUUUAAAGAAAGUUAAGGCAUUACUAAGGACCUACGCAGAAACUCAAACUCAAAAUCAUUUAUUCAUGUACUAUCUUUUAAUGGUCAGAAUUGUUAGAUUUGCAAGAUGAUAUAGUGGUGAUAAUUAAUUACGUAAACUUGAAACUAAAACUAUGAGGGUUCCAAACGCGUCCAGGUCUGAGAAGAGCCUACAACACUCAGAUGAGUGACUAUUCUCUGUGGAGAACAAAAGUCUAUUUUUUACUAUGGUGUUUUGCUGUACAAUAAUUACUGCCUGUUAGACCAAUGAAUAUUUUAUUUUCUGUGAAGGAUGACAAUAGAUAAUUUAUAUAAUUAGCUUAAUAUUUAGACCAAGUUUAUUUUAGAAUUGUGUGUGGCAAAAUAAUAUUAAUUUUCAAUUGUUUUCAAUCAAUAAAAAUAUCAUAUUAAUAAAUAU